UUUGCCUCAGGCACUGUGCAAAAUGCCAGCUUCACCUGAACUUGUGACGGCCACCCCAGAGCCUGAGGGGCCCAGGACGUUUACUUUGGAGGCUGCUGAUAUUGCUGUGGUUGUGAUCUACUUUGUGUUUGUGUUGGCAGUUGGAAUAUGGUCUUCAGUCAGAGCCAACCGGGGAACAGUGGGUGGAUACUUCUUGGCUGGAAGAUCCAUGACAUGGUGGCCAAUUGGAGCCUCUUUGAUGUCGAGUAACGUAGGCAGCGGACUGUUCAUUGGAUUAGCAGGAACAGGAGCUGCGGGGGGACUCGCGGUCGGGGGAUUUGAGUGGAAUGUACGGCAGACAAAUCAGUCCUCAUCCUACAAGCUUUCAGCAGCAUGGGUCCUCAUUGCCUUGGGCUGGAUCUUUGUGCCCGUGUAUAUUUCUGCUGGAGUAGUUACAAUGCCAGAGUAUCUGAGGAAGAGGUUCGGGGGUCAGCGAAUCCGCAUCUACAUGAGUGUGCUGUCUCUCAUUCUCUACAUUUUCACCAAGAUAUCAACAGACAUUUUUUCAGGCGCUUUAUUCAUCCAGGUGUCUCUGGGAUGGGACCUGUAUGUCUCCACCGUUGUGCUCCUAGUUGUUACUGCACUCUAUACAAUAGCUGGUGGGCUGACAGCGGUAAUCUACACCGAUGCCUUACAGACUGUCAUCAUGGUAAUAGGAGCAUUUGUCCUCAUGUUUAUAGCAUUCGACAAAAUUGGCUGGUAUGAAGGUUUGCUGGUUCAGUACGAGAGAGCUGUACCUGCUAUCACAGUUCCCAACACCACUUGUCAUCUUCCUCGGUCUGACGCCUUUCAUAUCUUCAGAGAUCCAGUGACAGGAGACAUUCCUUGGCCAGGCCUGAUUUUUGGACUCACUGUUCUGGCUACAUGGGUGUGGUGCACAGACCAGGUGAUAGUGCAAAGGUCUCUCUCUGCCAAAAACCUGUCUCAUGCCAAAGGUGGUUCGGUACUCGGUGGCUACCUCAAGGUCUUCCCUAUGUUCUUUAUCGUUAUGCCAGGAAUGAUCAGCAGAGCUCUCUACCCAAAUGAAGUGGGAUGUGUGGAUCCUGAGGAGUGUAUGAAGAUCUGUGGGGCGAGUGUGGGUUGCUCUAACAUCGCCUACCCAAAGUUAGUUGUGGAGCUCAUGCCAGUGGGUUUGAGGGGUCUGAUGAUCGCUGUAAUGAUGGCAGCACUCAUGUCCUCUUUGACCUCCAUAUUCAACAGUAGCAGCACUCUGUUCACCAUGGACAUAUGGAAACGGAUUCGACCACGGGCCUCUGAGAUAGAGCUCAUGGUAGUGGGCAGGUUGUUCAUUUUAUUGCUAGUGGCCCUGAGCAUUGUGUGGAUUCCAGUCAUCCAAUCAGCCAAUAGUGGACAGCUGUUUGACUACAUUCAGGCUAUUACUAGCUACCUUGCACCUCCUAUCACCACAGUGUUCAUUAUGGCCAUCUUCUGGGGGAGAAUAAAUGAACAGGGUGCUUUUUGGGGUCUGGUGGUGGGACUGGUGGUGGGCACUGUGAGGAUGAUAAUGGAAUUUGUUUACGGCACUCCAUCAUGUGGAAAAGAAGACCUGCGUCCUGCCCUGCUGAAAGAUGUGCACUACCUGUAUUUUGCUCUCAUCCUGCUUGCACUGACAGCUCUGAUCAUCACAGCUGUCAGCCUCUGUACUGCCCCUAUCCCAGAGAAACAUCUUGUCCGUUUGACCUGGUGGACUAGACACAGUAAGGAGGAGCGUGUAGAGUUCGAAGACCCUUGGGCCAGAGGAUCCAAACCAGCAGGCUCAGAUCCCAGCACUGCAGAGUCAGAGGGGUCAGAUGAGGAUACGCCUGCAUGGUGGAAGCGUGCUGGAAUGUGCCUGUGUUGUCUCUCCCGUGUGGCUAAACAAGAGAUGAGUGAGGAGGAACAGCAGGCUCUGGAAAGGAAACUGACCAGUAUUGAAGAACACCACACCUGGAAGACUGUCUGCAAUGUUAAUGCCCUCAUUUUACUCACUGUCAACGUCUUUCUCUGGGGGUACUUUGCAUGAAUGUACUGUAACCUUCUGAAUGGCGCUGUUUUGGUAAGAACCUCACUGGUACUGAUGAAAAACACAUCUGGUUGUCUGCAGCUACAUACUCUCAUUUUAUUUACUGUUUUAUACUCAUUUUAUUUCUCUCGAUAAAGAAAAAUAAAAGUUGUGAAUGGUACGUUUUGGCUGAUAUGUUGAUGAAUUGAUUUGUAUUCGAAAGACUCAAGUAUUGAAUUAAACUUAAUUUUAAAAGUUUAUUAUAAGUAGUUCGCUGUCACAGUGAUAAUAACUAAUAAUGCAUGCUGUGUCAUAAUGACAAAGCAUAACUGGUAAGAUGCCUGUAAUCGUUCCCACCCAUGGGUAGGGCUUCACCAGGCUGCAAGAUAACUCUAUAAUUCUAUAAUUAUUAAUUAUUCUAAGUUAUUUUACGAGUAUACAACUUACCAAAAUGCUAAAAAAAAACAAAAAAACAACUGUCAUUUCUUUUUUUAGUUUGUGCCUUCAAUUAUUGUUUCACUGUUAAACGUUAAGUGUAGAAGUGAACAAAUACGGUA